GAAGAAGAUACAAGCCAUGGAGGGGAACCGGGACGAGGCGGAGAAGUGUGUCGAGAUUGCCCGGGAGGCCCUGAACGCCGGCAACCGAGAGAAGGCCCAGCGAUUCCUGCAGAAGGCCGAGAAGCUCUAUCCGCUGCCUUCAGCCCGCGCACUAUUGGAAAUAAUUAUGAAAAAUGGAAGCACAGCUGGAAAUAGCCCUCAUUGCCGUAAACCUGGUGGUAGUGGUGUUCAGAACAAGACUAAUUGCAUAAAGGACAGCACACCUGGUAGUGGUGAAAGUGGAAAAGGCUACACAAAAGACCAAGUAGAUGGAGUUCUCAGCAUAAACAAAUGUAAAAAUUACUAUGAAGUACUUGGAGUUACAAAAGAUGCUGGUGAUGAAGAUUUGAAAAAAGCUUAUAGAAAGCUUGCUUUGAAGUUUCAUCCUGACAAAAACCAUGCACCUGGAGCAACAGAUGCUUUUAAAAAGAUUGGAAAUGCUUAUGCUGUUUUAAGCAAUCCAGAAAAACGAAAACAGUACGACCUCACAGGCAAUGAAGAACAAGGUUGUAAUCACCAAAACAAUGGCAGAUUUAAUUUCCAUAGAGGUUGUGAAGCUGAUAUAACUCCAGAAGACUUAUUUAAUAUAUUCUUUGGUGGUGGAUUUUCUUCAGGUAGUGUACAUUCAUUUUCAAAUGGACGAGCUGGUUAUAGCCAUCAACAUCAGCAUCAACAUAGUGGACAUGAAAGAGAAGAAGAAAGAGGAGAUGGUGGUUUUUCAGUGUUUAUCCAGCUUAUGCCCAUUAUUGUCCUGAUCCUUGUAUCGCUAUUAAGCCAAUUGAUGGUUUCCAACCCUCCUUAUUCCUUAUAUCCCAGAUCUGGAACAGGACAGACUAUUAAAAUGCAAACAGAAAAUUUGCGUGUCAUUUAUUAUGUCAACAAGGAUUUCAAAAAUGAAUAUAAAGGGACAUUAUUACAAAAAAUAGAAAAGAAUGUUGAAGAAGAUUAUGUGACUAAUAUUAGAAAUAAUUGCUGGAAAGAACGACAACAAAAAACAGAUAUGCAAUAUGCAGCAAAAGUAUACCGUGAUGAUAGACUUCGAAGGAAGGCAGAUGCAUUGAGCAUGGACAACUGUAAAGAACUGGAGCGGCUGACCAGUAUCUAUAGAGGAGAAUGAACUGGAAUUUUUAUUUACAUCUUUUAGCAUACUUCUUUUUUUUCUCUAAGUAAAUUUAAUUUCAUCAUGAGAGCUGAAGAAAAAGGUUUGAUAUUAAAAACUAAACUUGAACAGUUGCUCCCUCAAAUCUUGGACUGUUUGUGAUCUACGGGCUCCUUUAAAUAGUAAGAAACUGAAAACUAAAAUUAAUAUUUUAGUUAUGUUUCUUUAAUUAUUUUCACAUUAAAGCUUGUAUGAUUCCUAACUCAAAAUGUCUCAAGAAUGAAUUGUCACAUCUGUAUCAAUUUCCAGUUUUAGUGAUUCUGUUUUUUCCUUUGUCAUGUAAAUAUUUAUAGAAUGAUCAUUUCCUGUACAUACAGGUUAUUGCCUUUUUUAAAAAGUUUUUCAAGUGUUUAGCUCCAUGAGAUACUUCUGCUUAAAUUGAUGGAAUAGAUAUUAUAUGACAGUUACAUUUGCCUUGUCAGGUGUCAAAUGUGUGGAGUUUAAACAAUGAAAUUUU